AUGAUACGGUGCAAGGGCUUAUUGGACAAUGACAAGAAUUGUAAGGAGAGGCAGAUUAACAGCACAACUGCAAAGCUCGUUAAAUACUCGAUCGACAACGAAACGGAAGAUAUGGAGAGUAGAUGUUCUAAGCAACGUGCAGCAAACACGAUGAGAAAGUAUAUAGAGAGGAUAAUAGAAAUACCAGACAGAGAGGACGGAAGAAGCACUCAACAAGACGCUGAAGAUCCUAUUAAGGGCGCAUUACAUAAAAACGAUCGAAGGUGA